AUGGAGAUUCUCCGUAACAGGUCAAAUUCUUCUGAUUCUCCUAUUGAAAUUUCUCCUGAUAAACCUGAUGAUUUUGUAUCUGCUGAUAUUCCGUCUGUUGUGCUUACUGUGUCUGAUAAUGUGAAUGUGUUAUUAUCUGUGAAAUCCUCUGUGUCUGAUGAUCCCUCAUGCAUCCCCUCUACGAAGCCUGAGCCUUUGAAGGAAAUUGUUGAUGUUAUGUCUGAUGAGAAAGAUAAACCCUCUGAGGAGACCAACAAUCUAAGCUUGGUUGUUUACUCGGCUGAUAAUGUUGCUCUGCCUCCUUUUGUGAUUGUUGAUGUCCCACAUGAAAUCUGUCCCUCUGAUAAUCUCUCUGGUUUGCUUGAUGAAGUUGAGACUGUUAAACACUCAAGCACCCAUGAAUCUGAAAGAAUAGAUGGAGUCCCAGUCUACACCUCCACAUCUUUGGCUGAAAGUCUUGAACAUAUCCGGCACUUUGCUGGUUUACCCUCUGCCUCCAUUCCAGAACCAUACCGUGUCAUUCAUCCUUCUGAGUCCUCGAGUGAAGAUGAAAAGAUCCUUGCUGAAGUCUAUGGCACCCAAGCUCAUGCAUUUAAGCCCCCUAUUGUUGAGGCUACUGCACAUCCUGAUUCCACCACCUUCAAAAUUAAAGAAGAGACGAGAAGAUCAAAACGAAAGAAUGUUCCUGUGAAGGUUGUUGUUGAGACGGGUGAUGACAAUGCUGAUGUAGAUCAGCCUGAGAAGAGAAGAAAGUCCAGUGAGUCUAUCGAACUUGAAGGUCCUGCUGCUGCUCAACCUGCUAUUGUUCUCACAUCCUCUACCAGAAAGGGGAAACCAUCUACUCGUUCCAGAGGUCGGAGUAUCACUCAUGAGGUUCAACUUGUUGAAAGUACUGACACAUCUAUUUACAAGCCUCAGUUUGUUACCUCCACUGCUCAAGGUAAAUGGUCCACUAUGGUCAGGAGAGAUCUUAUUGUUCAACGAUCUGUUGAUGAAAACCAGAUGAAUUCAGUUUGCGACAUCCUGCCACUGCUGAGUGAAGUGGGCUUGCUGAAGAUUGUCUCCUCUAUUUGUCCGUACUCGAAGCUCCUCACGUAUGAAUUCUACUGUAAUUUCAAUAAAGAGAUAGACAAUCUGACUGGGCCACCACCAAUGCAAAUCUUCAUUCGAGGUAAAUGGUACGUCUUCGGCCCUGACAUAAUCAAUGAAUACUAUGGCCUGACAGCGGUGCACGAAGAAGCAAUCACUGACUGGGAUUCAGUGGCCAAGACCCUAACUGGUAGACAGACUGAUACAUGGCCUUCUGGUGACAAGGAUUAUCUACCGAGCUCUCAGCUCACCUCCAAAUAUGUCAUAUUGCAUCGUCUUGCGCUUCACAACUGGCUUCCAUCGGCCCAUUUCCAUACGGUGGGCAAGCAAUUCGCAGGUCUUUUGUUUCGGAUUGGAACAAAGAUGACGUUUGAUUUGGGGGCCUGGAUUUAUAAUCAUAUCGUCACCUUGAUCCAUCCACGUGAACAGAAGGUAAGGUUUCCCUUCCCUAAUUUGAUUUUUGGAGUCCUAACAACUCAGGGCCUAGAGCCAAUGCCUACUGAGGUGAUAAGUCCGACUCUCCUCUACACUGUUGACCGUCGUCUUUUGACUGGAAACCAUAUUUGUGAUGUUACACCGGUGAUUGCUCCCUCCAAUUCUGAAGCUGAUACAGUGACUGAUAAUUCGCCGCAUGCAAGGGAUCUCCAACUUUCUAUUCAGUUGAAGGCAAGGGUCUCUGAGCUCGAGACAGUUCACUGCAUAAUUGCGAAACAGCUGACAGGGGCUCGUACUGAAUUGGCCACCGUUCUUCUUCGUUUAAGCUUGUCUGAAUCCACUGCUGCUGAACAUGCGAUGUCUAACAGUGAGACUCCCUCUAAUGAUUGA